AUAGCUACAACCCUUUGGCGCGCUCUAUACAUUCAUAUUUCAGCGAAAGGUCUCAGAGCCAAAAAGCCCCAAUUGUUUUUUUUCUCCCUCCAAAAAUAUCAAACGCAGAGGCUAUCUCUGGCUCCUGUAUUCCGAUGUACGGAUAUAACGGAAAGAGCAUGGACAUGGAGGAGGAGGAGGUGGAGUACGGCUCCUCCACAUACAUCGCCGACAUGGGCGACGUGUGGUCAAUGUACUUGUCCCAAAUCGAGCUCGCCGAUGAAGAACUCUGUCUCAAGUUCAUACCUCUUCUUUUUGGCUUCUUUUCCACGCCUCCAGGCCAAGCUCUACUUUCUCAGCUUUUCUGAAUGAUCAGAUUAAGGAUGAUGGUGGGGUAUUCACGUUGUCGAUUGACUUCGAACGGUUUCGAAAAAUUUGUGAAAUUGAGGAAUUUUAUGCAUUUUUGGAAGAUAAACCCAAGAUAGCUCUCUUAUGCAUGAGUGCUGCAGUGCACAAGGUCUUGUUGACCGAAAAGGACGACAAGUUGGUAGAUGGUACCAAAGUAAAUAUCCGUCUUCAUAACCACCCUGAAUCUUUGAUUGUUUUGAAGAACCUAAAAGCAGCAUAUAUUGACAAGCUCGUAUCUGUUCGUGGGACUGUAGUAAAAGUUAGCACCGUCAGGCCCCUAGUGGUGGAAAUGGGUUUUGACUGUGCAAAGUGUAAGACAAUGAUUCCAAGAAUCUUUCCUGAUGGGAAAUUUUCACCACCACCGGUCUGCAAUUUUGCUGGAUGCAAGAGCAAAAACUUUAAUCCAAUUCGAUCAACUGCACGAACUAUAGACUUUCAAAAGAUAAGGCUACAGGAACUAUUAAAGUCAGAUGAUCAUGAAGAAGGCCGGGUACCUCGAACAGUAGAAUGUGAACUGACUGAAGACCUUGUUGAUGCAUGCAUCCCUGGAGAUGUGGUGACUGUUACUGGAAUAAUAAGAGUAAUUAACAAUUACAUAGAUAUUGGAGGAGGGAAAUCAAAAAGCAAAAGUCAAGGAUUUUACUAUUUGUAUUUAGAGGCCAUUUCAAUUAAGAACUCCAAAUCACAAUCUACACAAGAGGAUUUGCAAGAUUCUAAUUCCAAUGCUAGACCUACAGAGCUUUUUGAUUUAUUCUCGUUUUCCUCAAGAGAUUUAGAAUUUGUUGUUAAGUUUUCAGAGGAGUACGGUUCAGAUACCUUCAGGCAACUACUUCAGUCUGUUUGUCCAUCCAUCUAUGGCCAUGAGCUUGUUAAAGCGGGAAUAACAUUAGCACUAUUUGGAGGUGUAAGAAAACAUUCAAAUGAUAACAACAAGGUUCCAGUUAGAGGAGACAUCCAUGUCAUGGUUGUUGGUGAUCCUGGUCUAGGAAAGAGCCAGCUACUGCAAGCAGCUGCAGCUGUUUCUCCAAGAGGCAUUUAUGUGUGUGGUAAUGCUACAACCAAAGCUGGCCUCACUGUGGCUGUUGUGAAGGAUCCUAUGACAAGUGAUUAUGGUUUUGAGGCUGGUGCCAUGGUACUUGCAGACAGUGGACUGUGCUGCAUUGAUGAGUUUGAUAAAAUGUCUGCAGAGCAUCAGGCACUACUUGAAGCCAUGGAGCAACAAUGUGUCUCUAUAGCUAAGGCUGGACUUAUAGCAAGUUUGUCAGCCCGUACUUCUGUCCUAGCAGCAGCAAAUCCUGUUGGUGGCCAUUAUAACCGUGCAAAAACAGUGAAUGAGAAUUUGAAAAUUAGUGCUGCUCUCCUCUCUCGAUUUGACUUGGUAUUCAUCCUACUUGACAAACCUGAUGAACUUCUCGAUAAACGAGUUUCAGAGCACAUCAUGUCACUCCAUACUGGCUACGGAGAACCUUCACCAGCACCCAAAAAGCAGCGAAGCGCAUCACAGAGUACUGGAGACAUAGAUACGGGUACAGAAAAUGGUUCUUUAGUUUCAAGGAUGAGAUUAGAUCCAAAAAAGGAUAGUGAUUUUGCUCCAUUACCUGUUCAGCUACUCCGCAAAUAUAUUGCUUAUGCAAGAGCAUUUGUUUUUCCAAGGAUGUCAAAGCCAGCAGCUGACAUCCUACAGAAGUUCUACUUGCAACUGAGAGACCAUGCUACAUCUGCUGAUUGCACGCCAAUUACAGCAAGGCAGCUUGAGAGUCUGGUGAGGCUGGCAGAAGCUCGAGCUCGGCUAGAUUUAAGGGAAGAAAUAACAGCUCAAGAUGCAAUGGAUGUGGUUGAAAUUAUGAGAGAAUCCCUGUAUGAUAAAUAUGUUGAUGAGCAUGGUUGUGUGGACUUUGGUCGUAGUGGAGGGAUGAGUCAACAAAAAGAAGCGAAGCGGUUUUUAAGUGCCCUCAACAAACAAUCAGAAUUGCAGCAGAAAGAUUGUUUUUCAAUUUCUGAAAUAUACAGUUUGGCAGAUAGGAUUUGCCUAAGAGUUCCCGACAUUGAUACAUUUAUUGAUAAUUUAAACAGUGUUGGUUAUCUGCUCAAGAAAGGGCCAAAGACCUAUCAGAUGCUUUCUGAUGUAGGUACCAUCAUCAUCUUAUUCACGAAGUCAAUCAAGGUCAAAGGGCCCAAGUUAGUGUAGCAGAUAAAGCAAAAACCCCAUUUUCAAUUUUUUUGGGGUUACAAUGGCUCAAGUUCGUGUAGCAGACAAAGCAAAACCUAUUUCAAAUUUUUGACUUACAAUACUUCUGAUGUGUUCCGGCUGGCUGCCCUUCACAUGAAGAGCAAGCUGCUGAUGGGUUUAUGCCAUCUUCUGUAUCACAAUUUGCAACAACAUAUAUGAUGAUAUCCCACCCCAUUUUAUUCACCAAAUGUUCACAGUAUAUAUUUCAUUUUGAAUGCAAACUUCACAGCAUUUUGUAUAGUAAAUACACAAAAUUAUAAAUUUUGUUCUUUUUUU